UUUACUAUCAGACCAAUCUCGCGCCAUCCCUUCUUUUUUGCCCACUUUUUCGUGCUGUUGCUAACUAGCGUCGAGGUGGAACAUGGCCGACGUAGAGAUCGCGGAGAGUCGUUCAACGGACGGUGCUGUCAUCGGAGCUAGGGCGACGGAUGAAGACGAGUUAGCGAGGAUGGGAUACAAGCAAGAGUUGAAAAGGGAAUGGGGCCUUUUACAGAAUUUCGGCAUCUCGUUUUCUAUCAUUAGCGUCAUCACCGGUGUCCCCUCAAUAUUCCUGUACGGUCUGACGACUGGAGGUCCUGCCGUUAUGAUUUGGGGUUGGAUAUUCGUUGCAUGCAUGACUAUGAUGAUAGGUCUCGCCAUGGCUGAGAUCUGCAGCGCCCACCCAACGUCCGGAGGCCCCUAUUUCUGGGCAGCUAUGCUCUCGCGCCCGCAAGACGCUCCCUUCGCUUCGUGGAUGACCGGAUGGUUCAAUUUCUUAGGUCAAAUAGCCGUGACCACGAGUAUCAACUAUGCUUGUGCUACGUUUAUCUCCACAGCAUGUACUUUUGGUACCGCAUUUGUACCCGAUGCUAACACAACAAUCGGUAUCUACGCCGCUGUCCUCGUAACUCAAGGUCUCAUCAACACUUUCGGCGUCAGUGCCCUCAAGAACCUCAACAAUAUCGCCGUAUGGUGGAACGCCCUGGGGACCAUAGCGGUGAUAAUCACUGUCCUCGUCACGGCACCGACACGACAAAGUGGGGAAUUCGUGUUCCGGACAUUCAUUGAUGGGACGGGUGUAGAUGGGAUUGGAUGGAGUGAAAGAGCGAGUCCUGCGUACGUAGUGGUGAUCGGAGUGUUAUUCGCGCAGUACUCAUUGACUGGAUUUGAUGCAAGCGCUCAUAUGACCGAAGAAACCCACAAUGCCGCUAUGUCUGGAUCUAUAGGAAUUGUCAUGGCCAUCGGCGUCUCUGCUGUAUUGGGCUGGGUACUCCUGGUUAGCUUGCUCUUUUCUAUCCAAGACUAUGACGCGGUUGUGGCGUCUGGGACGCCGGUGCCACAAAUUUUCUUGGAUACUGUCGGGGAGAAGGGUGGUAUUGUACUCAUGGUAAUUGUGAUAGGAGCGAUGUAUUUCUGCGGAGUCUUCUCGAUAACUUCCAAUUCUCGCAUGAUUUAUGCAUUUGCUCGUGAUGGUGGUAUUCCUGGACAUAGGUUCUUCCACAGUGUCGAUAAGCGAUGGAAAUCGCCUGUCCGAACUGUCUGGCUCUCUUGUCUUCUAGCUUUUCUCCUGGGAUUACCCAGUCUAGGGAGCUCUGUUGCAUUCUCUGCUGCCACGAGUAUUGCAACUAUCGGGCUGUACAUUUCCUACGCUAUCCCAAUUGCCCUACGAGUGAUAUAUGCGGAGAGGUUCGUUCGCGGCCCGUUCCACCUCGGCCGCUUGUCCCUUCUCGUGGCAUCUGUCGCCGUGAUCUGGACCUGCUUCAUAUCCAUAGUUUUUAUUCUGCCCCAGCUCAAUCCCGUCAACUCACAAACUCUAAAUUACGCGAUUGUUGCCGUUGGGAUCGUGUUGACUUACAGUAUUGGUUUCUGGUUUAUUAGUGCGAGGAGGUGGUUCAGUGGUCCAGUGAAGCAGAUAGAGCAGGAGACGCUCGGUGUGGAUGUGAUGGACCCUGCGACUGUGAUUCAAGUAGAAGAUAAACGCGGCAGUGUAGAGAAAGACUGAUCUGAUAUAAUAAAGUGUUACGAUGAG